AUGAUCGAAGGGAAUCCUCAGUCUGAAUCUGGCAAUCGCAAGUCGUGUGACACGGCAUGCGACAAUGUGGGCGGCAAGGCGUGCGACGGCGCGUGCGACCAGCACGCCCCUUUAGAGGUGAUCGAAAUCGGGCGUGGGGAGGCUCGAGUGGGGCAGGUGUAUCUGGUGAAGCCGCUGCUCGCGUUCCUCGUCGUCAGCCCCGAUCUCGAGUCCUCCUGGAAGAUCGUGGCCGUAGAUUCGUCGGAUUCGAUGGCUGCGGCGCUGCUGGAUUCGCGAAGUGGUUACCCGUCGAUCUGCCCAGCACCAUCGCGGGUUGUGAAAAGCCAGCGCCCUUGCAUGGCACCUAUUAUGCUCCCCCCGCCUCACCUCGCCCGCAUUCCUCCCCACCCCUUCCCACUCCUCCCCACCACUCCCUUCCACUCCCCACCCCUUCCCACCCCUUACCCCCCACCCCAGUUGAUCCGCCCAGCCCCAUCGUGGGUCGUGAGAAGCCAGCGCCCUUGGGUGGUCUCACUCAUUUCUCCCCUUCACCCCACCCACCCCCCCCUCCCACCAGUUGAUCCGCCCAGCACCAUCGCGGGUCGCUCGGAGCCGGGCAGGUUUGGCAUGCGAAAGAAGGCAAUUUUCAUCAAAAUCGAGGAGGAAGCGGAUGAUGCUAGCAAGUUGGUAACCAGAAUCAAGGACACUGGGGAAGAGGAGCGUACAUAUGCAAGAGAGAGCAGUGGUGGGGGAGAGGAGUGGGAGAGAGGAGGUGAGGAAGCAUGGGGUGGAUGUGAUGAUGCAGAAAGGCAGAUGAAAGAAAAGCAGCAGCAUAAGAAGCAGAAGCUGGGAGGUUUGGCGCGUUUGAAGGAGCGGUGGCAGCAGCAGCGGCAGCUGCAGCAGGGGAAACUGCAGGAGGAAAAGCCGCAAGAGCAGCAGCAGCAGCAGCAGCAGCAGCAGAACCGCCAGCAGCAGCAGCAGCGCCAGAAGCAUGAGGAGGGGACGCAGCAGGGAAGGAACCUGACAAGGCACUGGCGAUCGUCCUCGUCCUGUGCUCUCGAGAUUCCCACCGGAAUGCUGCUAGACCCCCCCUCCCCUGUCACUCGCUCCCACAACCCCUCCCCCUUGACUCGCUCCGCCUCUUCUUUCCUACGCCAAUGCCAACCUCUCACGCCUUCCUCCUUGCCGGAAAUUCCCUCCACUUUCCUUGAUUCGGCCUAUUCUCCCUUGAAACCGCCCCCCGGUAUGGCCGCUCCUUUGCCCUCUCCCACGCCUUCAUCCUUGCCUUCUUCCCUGCCCUCCUCCAUGCCCUCUCUUUUCUCCUCGUCCUUUCUCUCUCCCUUCUCCUCCGCCUCUUCGGUCUCUCCGUUCAGUUCGGUUCAAAGGAACUCCACUCCUGUUGGGAGAGGAGGGAGGUAUGACUUCCUAACGCCCUUCACUUCGGCUCGCAUAAGCUCUUCCCCUGUUGGGAGAGGAGGGAGGUACGACUAUCGGCGGCCAAUAUCUGCUCAGACUGAAUGGGAGUCUGAAAAAUCGCCUGGAAGGGCUGGGAAGCUGGUAAGAUGUGGCAAGUCGGGGGAGGUUGGCAAAAUAUGCGCCGCUUCCGUUGAGAGAGGGGGGAGGUACGACUAUCGGCGAUCAAUAUCUGCGCACACCGAGUGGGAGUCCCAAAAACCGCCUGGGAAGGCUGGGAAGCUUGAAAGGUGUGGCAAGUCGGGGGAUGCUGGUGUGAGUCUGCUGCCUCAUACCCCACUUGAGAAGCGAGGUGCAUAUGCCCUGCCUGAUUCACUGGAAGAGCAGGUUGGGCUGCCCACGACACCGAGAGCAGGAUCUAAUCUUCCUGGAUUUUCAAAAGGACGCAUUGGGCUGCCGAGAACGCCGAGAACGCCGAGAGCGCCGAGUUUGCCUAACACGCCCAACAAGGUGAAAGCAACGGAAACGCCGAGAACGGCGAAAACGCCCAACACGGUCAAAUCCCCUGAAGCGUGCAGUGAUGUGCCGCUGAUGACUGCGUGGCGGCUGCUCGAUGCCGAUGCCACCCCGUGGCUGAAUGCUCCCACAGGACACUGUGUGUCGGCUGAAGCCUCUCAUGAGAUGCCGGAAACUGCCAACACAGUCAACACGGUCAACACCCCCAAAGCGUGCAGUGAGCAGCAGCUGAUGACUGCGUGGCGGCGCCUCGAUGGCAAUGCCACCCCAUGGCUCAAUGCUGAUGUCACCCCGUGGCUGAAUGCUCCCACAGGACGACGUGUGUUGGCCCAAGCCUCUUAUGAGAUGCCGGAGAUGGCCAACACGGGCGACACGGUCAACACCCCCGAGGGACGCAGUGAGGUGCCGCUGAUGACCGCGUCGCGGCUGCUCGAUUCUGAAGUCACCCCAUGGCGGGUCAACACCGUGCCACAUGGAGACUGCUUGGGCCGCCAUGUGUUGGCUGAAGGCUCUCCUGAGACGCCGGAAACUGCCAACACCCCCGAGGCACGCAGUGAGCAGCAGCUGAUGACCGCGUGGCGGCGCCGGCUGCUCGAUGCUGAUGCCACCCCAUGGCUCAAUGCCGAUGCCAACCCAUGGCUCAAUGCUGAUGCCACCCCAUGGCUCAAUGCUGAUGUCACCCCGUGGUGGCUCAAUGCCAUGCCGCAUGGAGACCGCAUGGGCUUCCGUGCUUUCGCUGAAGGAGCUAGGAGGCAGCUGUGGGUGGUGGGUGAUGAGAGACCUGUGGAUGGGAGCAGUGAUAGGAAUGAUACGGGUGAUAGGGGUGGUAGGAGUGAUGAAAGUGAUAGGAGUGGCAUGGAAGGGUGUGGUGGCGGUGGUGGCGAGGGGAGUGGGAGGAGGACAGGAGCUAGGAGGCAGCUGUGGGAGGUGGCUGAUGAGAGGGCAGUGGAUGAGAGCAGUGACAGGGGUGAUAAAAAAUAUAGGAGUGAUAGGGAAGGGUGUGGUGGCGGUGUAAUUGGUGGUGCUUCUGGUGCUGCUGCUGGUUCUGCUGGUGCUGGUGCUGCUGGCAGUGGUGGAGGUGGUGACGCGACUGCUGCUUUCAGAUCACUUGAAGCAAGAGAUACAGCACAGCGGCUCAGCAAGGCGGAUGAAGCUGCCGGAAGCAAUGGUGACGGCAGCAACGGGUUACCAAGGCACACAGUCAACAGAGGUGGUGGUGGUGGUGGUGGUGGUGGUGCUGGUGCUGGUGCUGGUGCUGCUGCUGCUGCUGCUGCUGCUGCUGCUGCUGCUGCUGCUGCUGCUGCUGCUGCUGCUGCUGCUGCUGCUGCUGCUGCUGCUGCUGCUGCUGCUGGUGCUGCUGCUGCUGCUGCUGCUGCUGCUGCUGCUGCUGCUGCUGCUGGUGCUGCUGCUGCUGCUGGUGCUGCUGCUGGUGCUGCUGCUGGUGCUGGUGCUGGUGGUGGUGCUGGUGCUGGUGCUGCUGCCGCUGCUGGUGCUGCUGCUGCCGCUGCUGGUGCUGCUGCCGCUGCUGGUGCUGCUGCCGCUGCUGGUGCUGCUGCCGCUGCUGGUGCUGCUGCCGCUGCUGGUGCUGCUGCUGCUGCUGGUGCUGCUGCCGCUGCUGGUGCUGCUGCCGCUGGUGCUGCUGGUGCUGGUGCUGCUGCUGGUGCUGGUGCCGCUGGUGGUGAGAAGGGCGGCGGCAACAGCAGGAUGCGCAAGGCAGUGCUGAGGCUGUUCGGGAAGAGCCGGGGGAAAUGGCAGAGCCAGAUAGUGCCUUUACCAGACCCCCCUGCCCUGCAUGAAUCAAUGCCUCAGUCGCUUAAAAAACCGCCUCAUAAGGGCCAGACCCAGGUCACACCUUCUCCAGAUCCCCCUGCCCUGCAUGACGCAAUGCUUGGGCCUGGGGGGACGGCAGCUGGUGGGGUGGCAGCUGGUGGGACGGCAGCUGGUGGGGCGGCAGCUGGUGGGGCGGCAGCUGGUGGGACGGCAGCUGGUGGGGCGGCAGCUGGUGGGGCGGAUGCAGGUGGGGCGGAUGCAGGUGGGGCGGAUGCAGGUGGGGCGGAUGCAGGUGGGGCGGAUGCAGGUGGGGCGGAUGCAGGUGGGGCGGAUGCAGGUGGGGCGGAUGCAGGUGGGGCGGAUGCAGAGAGAGUUCUCUGUGCUCCUGCUGCAACCGAUGCAGACAGAUCGCCACGCAAAGCGACUCUGAACAGCGCCGCUUUGCAGCAGAAGCAGCAGAAGAGCGAGGAGGAUUGGAGCAACAUGGCUGGAAGGGGUAUGGGACUCGAAGAGGAAGAGAGGGAGGAGGAAGAGAGGGAGGAGGAAGAGAGGGAGGGGGAAGCGAGGGAGGGGGAAGAGAGGGAGGGAGAAGAGAGGGAGCGGGAAGAAAGGGAGCGGGAAGAGAGGGAGGGGGAAGAGAGGGAGGCGGAAGCAAGGGAAGUCGAAGAGGGAGAGGAGGCAGAGGAGAAGCAGCAGAAGGGUGUGGAGGACAUGGCUGAAAUGGUUGCGGAGAUUGGGGAGGAAGAGAGGAAGGAGGAAGCGGAGGCGGAAGAGGAGGAGCAGCAGAAGAGCGAGGAAGGGUGGAGGGUCGUGGGUGAGAGGGGUACAGCACUUAGGGAGGAAGAGGGGGAAGAGGAAGCAGAGGAGGAAGAGGAGGGGCAGCAGAGGAGCGAGGAAGGUUGGAGGGAUGUGGGUGAGUUUGGUACAGAGCUUUGGGAGGAAGUGAGGGAGAACGGGGACGAGGAGAAGCAUAAGGGUGAGGAGGGGGAGGAAGAGGAGGAGGAAGUUGGUGAUGGGUGUGCUUAUAACGAAGCCCUUGCUGAGUGUGUGUAUGGGGAUGAUCCCUCGUUGAGUGGCACUGACGUUGAGGCCAUGCCGUCCUGCCUUGUGCACCUACUAGCAGCAUCAGCAGCACCUGGAAUGUCAGCAGCAGCAGCAGCAGCAGCAGCCCAACAGGCGGGUGCUUCGAGAAGGCUCCACCACACCUCCACCUGCCCUCUCUCCGAAGGGCUGCUGCCUGUGAAGAUUGUGAAUUGA